AUGAGUGAAGGUCAGAACAAUAAUUCUUACCUAGAAGAAGAAUAAACACAAAGAGGAUUGAAAAAUUGUGAAGCUUUUUGCAACAGAUUGAGAAGAGACUAUCCAUCAUUAUAUUAGUAAAUUUUAAUAUGAAAAUAUUUAGAUAGCUCGUUGUGCUUUUGAAGGAUUACAAAUAGAAUAGAUAAAAUAUAUCUCUCUAUUACAGUGAGAUAAAAAAACUCUUUUCUGAUUAGCCAGCUGUCAUUGAAAAUCUGAAUAAAUUAUUUUAUCAUGAUGCCCGCAUCAAAUCAAAUGAUGCGAUCUAAUAAUUAGAGUCCAUUUUUAGGCAAGACAAGAAUAGAAUCAAUCUACUAGAGUAAACCAAAAAUCUGAUUCUCAAGGGAAACCUCGACCAACAGUAAUAAUUAGAUGUAAUUAUAACUUUUAUAUCAUAUUCUAGUUAAUAUCAAUCUAAUUUAAAGAUGAUCCAGAAGCUCUUAAGGAAAUUCAAAAUGCGUUCAAAUUGAAGAAGUAGAAGCAGAAAAUACAAGUGGAUUGGGAUGACAUCAAAACCAAAAGAGUAAAACCCAAUCCUCCUACCAUGGAAGAAAUAUAAUCAUAUUAAGCUUAUUAUACUUAAUAUUUUUACAAUAAUGCUUAUUAACUACAAGUAAGCAGAGAGAUUAAAAAUGAAAUUAUUGUGUUGGAUAAACUAAGAUUAAAGUGUUUUAGCCAUUUUACAUAAGAAUCUGAUUUUAAUCAAUUCUUUUAUGAAUUUGUAAAUGUCAUUCAUUUAUAUACAGAAUGUAUAAUCACUUAAUACGAGCUUAUGGAUAUUUUGUCAUCACACACAUGGAUUGAUUAAGAGAUUAUAGAUGAACUCAGAAUUGCUAUUUUCACUAGAGCACCUGCACGUCGGCAAUAAACUUAAUUAUUUAAACCACUUAAAGAUACGGACUUUAAAAAUGCUGAACAUAUCACUGGUUCAUAUGUUAGAAUGCAUCCUGGUUAUGCAAACAUAAUGAAGGAAGACCCCAAAUUGCCAAAUGUAUUAAAUCAUCUCUGGGUCUCUGUGCCAUUUGGUAGUGAGGAUUACUCAUUUUCAAUCAUGAGAAAAAACAGUUUUGAAGAGCAGUUGUUCAAAAUAGAAGAUGAAAUGUUUGAAUACGAUGUUAAUAUUAAUUGCUACAGAAGAACUAUUAAAGUACCAAUUUAUCUAUAAAAUAGUUACUUGAUUAAUUGAUUGCAGGAAACAAUCAAUAAGCAAUUGAAUAGCAAAUAAGGAAAAUACUCCAAAUUAAGUGUUUACAAUCAGUCUACAAAACCAAUAGUAAGGAUUAAGAGGAAGUUAUAACAUUAUGGUAGAAGAAUCCAGUGGGGUGCUCUCCUAUCCUAAGAGAUAGAUUGAAUCAAAAAUGUUAAGAAUUGAUUAAAUCUAGAGAAAUAGCAAAUCAAACUUGGAAAAUCACUUAAAAAAACAACUUCUCUAGAUCUUUAGAUCAUCGAUCCUUUUAUUUCAAGAAAAAUGAAAAGUAGUAUACUUGUGCUUCAAGAUUUCUAAAAGAGCCUGACGAAAAAUUCACAUUAAUCCAAGCAAAUACUGCAAUUUAAGCAGAAUAUUUGAAUUCAUUGAUAUAAUUAACUACAAUUAAACCACUCAGUUAUGGAAAAUUAGUUAAUAUCAAUGAAAUUGACUAAACCACUGUAUUUAGUUUGUAUAUUUCAAAUAAAACUCUUUUGGAAGAAACAUUUGAGAUCUUUAAAUAUUAUGUUGAAUAAUCUAAUUUGAAUGAAUCAGAGUGGAUUCUUGAUUUAUUUUAAAAAUUAUGUUAAGGAUACUUUAAUCUUGAGCUUGUUGAUCAGAAUUAUAAUUUUUCACUUUUGAGGGGAGACUUAUCUACUAUAGAAUAAUACGUUACUAACUCAUCAUUCUCCUAUAUAGAUUAGUUUAACAUUGAAUAAGAAUAAACGAAAAAAUCUCAUUUGAAUAACAAUAAUUCAAAUAGUAACAAUAGAAAGGACUCAGAUGAUUUUGAAGAAUCAGAUUAUGAACUACAGAGAAUCAAAACUCUUAAAUCACCUCUUAUUGAUGAAGAAGAUGUGUUUCCAAGAAAUUAAUUAUAAUUACUUUCAAACACUAAAAGUAACUUUAAACCCCAAGGAAAAAUCAUUUAUGGAACAUCAGGAAUAUAUCUAUUUUUUCGAUAUUUCUAUUCGUUGUAUUAAAGAAUUGAAUUGGCACAUUAAAUUAGUUAGAAUUUUGAAUAAAAUGAGAAAUUUGAAAGUAUUGUAAUUUUUAAUUUUAGAAUUGAAUGAAAAAGAAAAAAAGAAAAUAAUUGAAAUUAGAUACAAGUUAUUUAAGCAUGCUCUCCUUUACUCAAUUAAAAAUAAGGAUUUCAAAUAUCAAGACUACUUAAGUUUACUUUUUGGAAAACAAGUGAAUGUUUAUAAUAACCUUUUAGGCUUUUCUAUUCUAUACUAUUGAUAAAAUGCUUUCAGAUUGUUGUAAACACUUAGCCAGCUUAUUAAAUGAUAAAUUGACAGAUUCUUUCUUUGAUUUCUUGUUCAAGUCAAACAAUGACAAAUACGAGUUAGAUCCAACUAAAACUGAGGAGGUUUAGUUAAGUAACCUAUCUUUUGCGCUGCUAGAUUUAUAAUGGGAACAAGCACAACGAGUAUUAUUUAGAGUAAGAUAUGCAUAAUGUUUAGUUUUGCUUAUAAGAUGAUAGUUUACAUAUUAAUUAUUUGCCUAAUUGGUCGAGUAUUUAAGAUAAAUAAUAAUUAAAUCGAAUCUCAUAAUUUGUUAAAUCUUACACAACAACCUAUUCAAAUAGAAUCAAAGGUGUAUUUUUGCAAAGAAAUUUAAGAGACGCCAGAGCAAGCACUUAAAAUCAAAUGGAAUGGACAGUCUUUGAUUAGAUGAGAAUAAAAAAUAAUUUGUCUGAUAUUUUAAUUAAAUGA